AGUAUGAACUUGUGUGUGAUUGAGCUGCAGGAAGCAUUAAGAGGAGAAACGACUGCAGACACAACUCGUUAUACUCACCCUUUUGGCUUUUACAGAAGGACGAGUGGCCUUAUGGGUCCUCAGGAGGGACUUUAUCCACCGGGUCACACGUUUUCUCCCGCGCCCCUUCACUCCUGAGAGUUGUCUUGUUCGAUAAAAAAAAAAAAAAAAAAAAUCCGGAGCACUCAGCUUGAACCCGGGCUGUUUUUCCUCUUCCCACUGUGCGUAAUUUCUCUCCCAGACCGAGAAGAAGGCGACAUCACAACACCACGAGGACGAGGAAUCAGGAGAGACAUAAAGCAAAACUGUGGGAAACAUGAAACCCGUCUUGGAUAUCUGCUUGGUUUUCCUCAUGCUGAACAUCCCCGGCGUGCUGACCUUGUCCACACAUGUAGCACUAAUCUACCCCCAGGACCCCGUCCUCCGCAUGGGGUCCAACUUGACCGUCAGCUGCUGGGUCCAUCCCGACCUCAAAAUCCACGCCAGCUCUCUGUUUUGGACGCUCAACGGUCAGCAGCUGCCCAGCUCCAUGUACAAAGUGCUGAGCCCGACCAACCUCAGUGUGACGCUGGCAGGACUCAACGCCUCAAGGCAGACGUCUGGAGACAACCUGGUCUGUCACAACCACAAGGGGCACAUCCUGGCAGGGUCCUGCCUCUACGUCGGGAUGCCGCCAGAGAAGCCGGUCACUCUGACCUGCUGGUCCAGGAACACCAAAGACCUGACUUGCAGCUGGGCUCCAGGAGGAAAGGGAGAGACCAACAUUAGCACGCAGUACAGACUCAAGUACAAACUAAGAUGGUACGGUAAGGAGAAGGAGUGCGAGGAUUAUACUCAUUCACAGCCGUACUCCUGCAGCAUCACCCGGGACCUGCAUCUCUUCACACCCUACGAGAUCUGGGUGGAGGCCUCCAACCAGCUUGGGCAAGCUACCUCUGAUGUCAUCACUCUCGACAUCUUAGACGUGGUGACCACAGACCCUCCAUCAGGUGUGACAGUCAGCCGUGUCGGGCUGCUAGAGGACCAGCUGAGUGUUCGCUGGGAGGCCCCGCCUGCUCUCAAAGAUUUCCUGUUUCAGGCCAAAUACCAGAUCCGCUACAGACUGGAGGACAGCCAAGAUUGGAAGGUGAUGGAUGACGUGGGGAAUCAAACAUCUUGUAGACUGGCUGGACUGAGACCUGGAACUGUAUAUUUUGUCCAGGUUCGCUGUAACCCUGUGGGAAUCUACGGCUCUCGUAAAGCCGGGAUCUGGAGCCAGUGGAGCCACCCUACUGCUGCUUCCACGCCACACAGCGAGCGGUUGAUGUCGGGCUCGUGUGACUCGAAGUCGAGCGGGGACUCAAACUCCACCCUGCGCAGGGAGCUGAAGCAGUUCUUCGGCUGGGUGCGGAAACACGCCUACGGCUGCAGCAGCAUGUCCAUGAAGUUGUACGACCAGUGGAGAGUGCUGAUGCAGAAGUCGCAUAAAGCUCGCAACCAGGUAGGUUCUUCAAGGGGAUAAAUCCUAGCACAGGCUGACUUAACAGAAAAGAAGACAAGAAAAGGAGUGUGUGUGUAUUUUUAUCUGUGUGUGUAUAAGAAGAGAGAUUGUUUUCUUAUACUGGAAUUAUAAGACAUUUCGCUCUGGACAUUUUGUGCAAAUACCAGCUGUGGAUACGAGAGGACAUCCAAGGAGGAACUGUGGGAUUGUUCUUCUUCUAAUGCGUCUUUUCCUGUCGACAUGAGAACUGUGUUUGGUGUAAAAAGGUGCAGCAGAGAAUGAUGGACUCACCACAGAUAAUCCUGGUAUAAUUUUUUUAGAAAAAGAAAAAGAGACAACAAAGACCACUCAGAUUUCUCAAAGGAUGCCACUGCAUGAUUAAAGAUUUUACACAUAUUUGCUCUAAACCUGCGCAAAAAAAAAGAGAUGAGAACACACUUGGACGCGUUGCCCAAGCCUCUGAAAGUAUUCAGGGAUGUUUUAUUUGAUUUCCCCCGCGUGGAUCCAAAGCACCAUCUAGUGGCCGUUUAGCAUCCGAGGACAUUCCAAACCCAAAGCUUUCACUGUUGUUCUAUGUAAAGAGAAAAAAAAAAGACCAACUAUCGCCCAGUAUUUUUAAUUCAUGCUUUGUAAUAAGAGUGGGAAAUGUGCCAAACUGGUUCAGCCAGUGUUCAUGUGUUUCUGAGUGACAGUAUGUAUGUGACUGACACGUUGGAGUGUGUGUGUGUGUGUGUGUGUGUGUGUGUGUGUGUGUGUGUGUGUGUGUGUGUGUGUGUGUGUGUGUGUGUGUGUGUGUGUGUGCCUGUGCCUGUAGACGUUUCACUGUCUUUAUUUUUGUACUGAAUUGUACCAGCAUAUUUAAAACUGUAUAAAGUUAUGUUUUAUUUCCUAAGUUAUGUUUAGUUAGUAAAGACAUAUUAAUGACUGAAGUUGUUAAUGAUCUUUAACGUUGUAAAGAAAAAAAAAAAAAGGCUGACAAACAAACAGAGUUUGGGAAUGACUUGUGUGAAAGUCCGAUACAUGAUAAACAGACCUCUUUUUCCUCA